CAUGGAAAUUGAAAGUGAAAGUAGAGAUAGUGGACAGAGCUGGAAAGACGGAGAGAGACACAACGGCCACCAUCUCCGUUUGCAACAGAGGCUUCUCAAACCCAGUUAUUCAAGGCUGAGACGAGUGAGUUAUGGACGGACAGGACAGAAAUGGCAGUCUGACUGAAGCAACGCGGCAUAAAGACGACACCAGAGGAAAGUCGAGUCCUCCACGUCUCACGCCAGCAAGACAGAGGCAGAAAGUUCAGCAGCAACAAGCAGAGGAGGGAUCCAGAGGGGUCGAGGAGUCGGUCUCCCCAGAGCUGGCCAACUGGAUCAAACUCAACGCUAAAGACCUCAAGAUCCGGCAGACAGACCGCCGCUGGGCUGCAGAGGUGGUCAACGAUUUCCGAGAGAACCUGCUGAAAUUCCUGAGGAACGGUGAUCAGCCUUUCUUCCAGUCAGCUGACUUCCUCACCAGCGGCAGCUACUUUGAGAAAGUUAAGAUCCACAACCCCGAUGAGUUUGACAUGAUGCUGAAGCUUCAGGCUCCUUCACGUCUUAACAUGAAGGAGCUCGACGGCGGCCUCUUCUACCAGAUCGAUAUCGCCCGACCCACUCGGAGCCCCAUACAAGCCUUUCUUUUGGAGAAUAAGCUCACGCUCUCAUCAAGCAAGAUCCUGAGUGAGAUGUACCGCCUGGUCCGCAAGUUCCUCAAGACCUACCAAGUGCCCGAUAAAUGCUUUCACUGGGAGGUGAACAGGAAGCGUCCAAACUCGCCGGCUGUGACUUUAUCUCUCAUCUGUGCUGAUAACAGCAACGAGCUGAUCUCUGUGGACGUGGUUCCUGCUCUGGAGGUCCACUCCUCUCAGGGCUGGCCGCUCGCUCUCCGUAACGGUCCAGAUGUGGACAACUGGCUGGGAAAGAAAGUUCGCCAAGAAAUCAAAAGUUUACCCUGUUUCUUUGUCCCAAAGAGGCUCAAAGGACGAAACCUCAGCAAGGAAACCAAAGCAGAAAGUUGGAGGAUUUCUUUCUCCCACAUUGAGAAGAAAAUCAUCACGAGUCACGGCAACAAGAAAACCUGCUGCGAGAGCAACGCCACCAAAUGCUGCCGUAAGCAGUGCUUAAUGCUCCUCAAGUCUCUGAUUGAGGGCCUGAAACAACGUUUUCCCAAAGAGCUGGAUGACCUCUGCUCGUACCACGGGAAAACCGCCUUCUUCCACACCAUGUCCAUCAGGUUCAAUGACUCCAUGUGGGACCGUCAGCAGCUUCCUGCCUGCUUCCUGCACCUCCUCGGGGCUCUGGAGGACCACGCGCGCAGAGGCGUCCUUCCUCACUUCUUCGUCCCCAACUGCAACCUCUUCUCCCCGGCCGUCUUCCCCCGCAAAGCGCUGGCGUUCUUCAUCAACGCCUUGGAGGAGCAAAGGAAGGAGGGCCUGCCCCUGCUGAAACCUCCAGGUCCAGUCCCACCACUAAGGACUCCUUCAGCAGACACCUCCGCUGAGGGAUCUGUAGAUAACUCGCCCUUACUGACUGCAGUUUACUCUCUGGAUACUGCAUUUAUGACUAAACUGGCCCUACUGUUUGCUGUCGGUUUGGUUUGUGUCAUAUUUUGUAUGUAAGUGAUGGGAAAAGAGGGAAACAACGAAUACAUGAAAUAUAACAGACAAUUCCUCUUUUCAUGAAUUAUGUGAAUUAGGUGAAACCAGGUAAUAAAGAGCAUUAUCCCUUAUCGAUAUUCCUCAUUUACUUGAUUAAUAGUGACGCUGAAGGAGACAUAGAUGAUGAGAAGCAGAUGAGUUUGUAAUCAGUCUUUGUCAGAUAUCAUGUCCAUGGUGAUAAAUAAGGUUUCAACAGUGUGUAAUGUAAAAGGGAAAUAAUUAUUCUUAUGUUUGCCUUUAAUGCAGAUUGUGUCAAAUGUUUUGAUAUGAGCCAUUAUUCUGGUAGUUCUUGAACAGCUUUUCAAAAAGACAAAACCUUAGAAACCUAUUAGUGUUUUGUCACAUAUUUAGUUUCCUAAUUCUUUCAUUCCUUAUUUCAGAUCAGCAACAGCCUGAUAUCAUAAAUGUUUCUGCAUAUUUAAAAUCACCUCUUGUUUUAAUGUGAAGUGUUUUGGUAUUGUGACUUUUCUUGUAAAUUAAGCUUGAAUAAAGGUUUUAAAUGUA